CACGGGGCCGGCCCUGAAUGGCUAUUUUUUAAAGGUGUAAAAUUUUUUAUUGCUAUAAAAACAUUACAUCUGCGGUAGCUGGUGGCCCACCAGAAGCCAUUCCCCAUCGCACAUGUGUUGUACAGCUUUGACUUACUGAACCCUGGCUCUGGCCUUUUUCCUCCAUCGGCUGCACCCCAUGAUUUCUAGCCAUGUCAGCCUGCUUGCUUCCCCUAUGAGAAGAACAGGCCAGGCAGAGCUGUCUUUGAUCUGAUAGCCUUUAAUACUCAUUAAGAUUUUCUUAGCUGCCUAAUAAUAUGGCCACUGUUUGUUGCUAAAUAAUAACUGCCAUGUAUGAAGACUUAUCAUGUGCCAGGCACUGUGCUAGGUGCUACAAAUCUAAACAUGAAAAGAAAUGCCCUCAAGGAUAUUGUGUUCCAGUGGGGUGACAAAUGUGCAAAUGCAAAAUAAUGUUGUAAUAAGAGAAUUACUUUAAUGGAAUUAUAUCCACUAGGAUGUCUGAAAGGCAUCUUCAACUCAAAGGUUCCAUAUCAACUAUAUGGUCUCCCCUGAUCCCUCCACGUACCCUGCCCACAACUGAAGAAGAAUCCCUAGUCACAGUCCAGUGCUGCCCAGCUCGGUGAACAGUGCCCCCUCCACUGGGCUGCAUGAGUCCACGUGCUCCACACAUCUGUGUGCUACUUCCUUCAUCACCACCUCUAUUUAUAUACCUCUUAAGUAUCUCCUGUGUCCAUCUCCUUCACCCGGCUCUGUUCAAACCACGACCAAGCCCCUCUCAUCUGCCAGAUGACUGAUGCGGCCGUUGUUUCCUGGCUCAUCUCCUCACACCCUCUGCACACGUGCACACUAUCCAUACAUGUGCACUUUAAACACACAUACUUUGCUGUUGCUUUUAGGUUAAGAUAAAAAUCCUUAAUAAGGUCCCUUCCUACCUCUCCAGCCUCAUCUUCGAACAGAUGCCAUGUUCCCUGCUUCCCUCGGGGCCUUUGUACAGUCUGCUCCUUCUGCCUGGACCAGCCACUCUGGGAUUCCCCCACCCCCUACAGAUCUCAGCCCAGGAGGAGCCUGAUCUGGUUAGUGCAAUUUAUGGCCGAGGGAUAGCCUAUGGAAAGAAGGGACUACAUGACAUUAAGAAUGCUGAUCUUGCUCUGUUCGAACUGAGCCGAGUAAUUACCUUGGAACCAGAUCGUCCAGAGGUAUUUGAGCAGCGAGCAGAAAUUCUGUCCCCUCUGGGACGAAUUAAUGAAGCAGUGAAUGAUCUCACUAAAGCUAUCCAACUUCAGCCCUCAGCACGGCUGUACAGACACCGGGGGACCCUGUACUUCAUAUCAGAGGACUAUGCAACAGCCCACGAAGACUUUCAGCAGUCCUUAGAACUGAACAAAAACCAGCCUAUAGCUAUGCUAUACAAAGGUUUAACUUUCUUUCACAGAGGACUUUUGAAGGAAGCUAUUGAAUCCUUCAAAGAAGCUUUGAAGCAGAAAGUUGAUUUUAUUGAUGCAUAUAAAAGUCUAGGACAGGCCUAUAGAGAACUGGGCAAUUUUGAAGCAGCCACUGAGAGCUUUCAGAAGGCCCUGCUGCUCAACCAAAAUCACGUCCAGACCCUCCAGCUCCGGGGAAUGAUGCUUUAUCACCAUGGCAGCCUUCAGGAAGCCCUUAAGAAUUUCAAGCGGUGUCUGCAGCUAGAGCCAUAUAAUGAGGUGUGCCAGUACAUGAAAGGACUCAGCCAUGUUGCAAUGGGACAGUUUUAUGAAGGGAUAAAAGCACAGACUAAAGUUAUGCUAAAUGAUCCUCUUCCAGGCCAGAAGGCCAGCCCAGAGUAUCUUAAAGUGAAAUAUCUCCGAGAGUAUUCUCGGUAUCUUCAUGCACACCUUGAUACUCCUCUUACGGAAUAUAACAUUGAUGUGGAUCUGCCUGGAAGCUUUAAAGACCACUGGGCUAAAAAUCUGCCUUUCCUCAUAGAAGAUUAUGAAGAGCAGCCAGGGUUGCAACCCCACAUAAAAGACGUGUUACAUCAGAAUUUUGAGAGUUAUAAGCCUGAGGUACAAGAGCUGAUUUGUGUAGCUGAUCGUUUAGGAUCGCUGAUGCAAUAUGAAACACCUGGUUUCCUGCCAAACAAGAGAAUACACAGAGCCAUGGGUUUGGCAGCCUUGGAAGUCAUGCAAGCUGUACAGCGUACAUGGACCAACUCGAAGGUUCGAAUGAAUGGAAAAACACGGCUGAUGCAGUGGAGAGACAUGUUUGACAUCGCAGUAAAGUGGAGACGGAUUGCUGACCCAGACCAGCCAGUGUUAUGGUUAGAUCAAAUGCCAGCACGAAGUCUUAGCAGAGGUUUUAACAACCACAUCAAUUUAAUCAGGGGUCAGGUGAUUAACAUGAGAUACCUGGAAUAUUUUGAGAAAAUUCUUCAUUUUAUUAAAGAUAGAAUUCUUGUUUAUCAUGGAGCUAAUAAUCCUAAAGGAUUGUUGGAAGUUAGAGAAGCUCUGGAAAAGGUACACAAAGUAGAAGACCUUCUUCCAAUUAUGAAGCAGUUUAAUACUAAAACGAAGGAUGGGUUCACUGUGAACACAAAAGUUCCCAGCCUCAAAGAUCAAGGGAAGGAAUAUGAUGGAUUCACAAUCACUAUUACAGGAGACAAGGUUGGCAAUAUACUGUUUUCUGUGGAAACUCAAACUACAGAAGAAAGAACACAAUUAUAUCAUGCUGAAAUAGAUGCACUUUAUAAAGAUCUAACAGCAAAAGGAAAAGUACUAAUUCUUUCAUCAGAAUUUGGGGAGGCUGAUGCUGUUUGCAAUUUAAUCUUAUCUUUAGUUUAUUACUUUUAUAAUUUAAUGCCACUCUCUCGAGGAUCCAGUGUAAUAGCUUACUCAGUGAUCGUGGGAGCACUGAUGGCAAGUGGAAAAGAAGUAGCAGGAAAAAUUCCCAAAGGGAAGUUAGUUGACUUUGAAGCUAUGACAGCUCCUGGGUCAGAGGCCUUUAGCAAAAUAGCUAAAAGCUGGAUGAACUUGAAAAGUAUUUCACCUUCUUACAAGACUCUUCCAUCCGUGUCAGAGACGUUUCCAACGUUAAGAUCAAUGAUUGAGGUGCUAAACACUGACUCUUCUCCACGUUGUCUUAAGAAACUCUAGUUACACCGGGGUAUUUAUACAAGGAAAGGGCCGGACUUCUUGCUUCUUAAGUUAUUUUUUAAAACAUGGAAUUAUAAAGAAACUAGGUCCUUUAUUACUUUUGAUACCAAUUUUUGAUAGGAAUUGAAUACUUGAAAUCAUUUUCUUUACUUUUCUGAACCAUAACAAAAAUCAUGAAAGAGAGUUUUGGGGGGAAAAAAGCUGUAUAUCUGAGAAGGAAAGUGUAUGUAUUAGCCAGUGGCCUGUUGGGUUUCCACUUAAAAAGUCAUACAGCUCCUUCAAAGUUUACUUCAGAAACCAAAAAUUAAUAAUUAAAAGGAACAAAACCAACAACAAAACAGGAGUGUUUUCAUUCCUUUAUAGAUUUGGAUAUUUUUCAAAGACUUUCUUUUUAUGUGCGUUGAUAGGGUGUCUUGUUUUCAACUCACAUAAUGUUCGUGUGUGGGUUCUCCACUUUAUUUGAACUCGGGAAGAUUCGUGGGCCAUCAGCGUGAGCCACAGGGCUCACAGCCAGAACACUCAUUUUGAAUGAUGCAGACAGUAUUUGCCGGUGACUCAAACACUGAAUUAUUGAACCAUAUUUUUUUUUCUCUCUCUCUGUUGGAAAAAUUAAACAGGGGUGGUUUCUCUAAAUCACCAGUUCUUUGACACUGGAUUAUGUAUGUUUUUAUUUUGUGAACUAGUUUCACUUUUCAGGUAUAAGAACAUUCAGAAAAUUACUGAUAUUUUUUUUCAGACAAGGUAAAUGACAAUGAGUAAAAUGGGUUCAUUAAAUUAUUGCCAUUUCCAAAUCAUUUUCAUUUUUCUUUGAUUUUUGUUAAAGGGUUACCUAUUCACUGCUUUCUGUUAUUUAGUUUUUGUCUUGAAAUCUUGCAUAAGAGUAGCACAGUGAUGCCUCAAGGCAUCUGUGCUCAUGGGGGAUUUAAUAACGCUGGACAUUGGAGUUAUCUGCAGGUCUUGGAGAAU